GAGGGAACAGCAAUAAUCCAAAGAUGUCCUCUCGACUUUUAAGAAAGCUGCAAGGUGAAAAUGAACUAGAAAUAUCGCAUGGGGAUGAAGAGGAUGAAGAUUAUUUUAACCUUGCAGCUCCAGUCAAGUCAAAAAAGAGAGGAAAACCUGUUGUAAAUCCUUUUGAUUUGUUAAAUGUUGAGGAUGAGCAAUCUGAUGAAGACUCUGAGGAUGAUCAAGAAGACAAAAAUUUAACAGAGGCUUUGGAACAUAAUAUAAAUGAAGAGAAACCCAGCCCUGGGGAAAUAGCUGAGAAACAGCUUCCUAAAAAGAAAAGGAAGAAAAAAAAGAAGAAAGGAAAAGGAGAAACAGAAAAUGGAAAAGUUGUGAAUAAAAGAGACAGCGCUGAUGGAGCUAUUACAAAAGUGAACAACCAACCAAAACAUGAGGAUAAAAAGUCUGGUCCAGUAACAACCUAUGGAGAGAGCACCUCAAAAGUUCUGGAUACAAAAGCCGUAUUAAAUGUAGAACACAGAAACUUAAAUGCUGAGAAUGAGAUGAAAAGGAGAUUUGGUUCUCACAUUGUCAGAGCAGAACAAAGGCAGAGAAAAGCACAUCAGCGAGUUUAUCAUCGUUCCACAAGGCUGGUUACAGUGAAGUCAACAUGGCCACCCAUAAAAGCAACUGGAGUGAGCAUGAAGCUUCUGUAUACAAGACAUGGCUACUGCUACUUUGCAUUUGAACACUCUCCAUCUUAUCAAGAGGUCCAGUUCUUAUUUCUGGAGGCAGUGGAAUCAUUACAUCCCAAUAACAUUUCUGCCAUUUUAAACACUCAUCCAUAUCAUAUUGAUUCUCUGCUGCAACUCAGUGAGAUCUGCAAGAUGGGAGAAGAUUACCAGAUGGCUGCAGAGCUGAUAGAAAGAGCACUAUACUGUCUUGAAAGAAGUUUCCAUACCUUGUUCAGUCUCACUAAUGGGUGGUCAAGACUUGAGUAUAGAAGAGCAGAAAACAGAUCAUUCUUCAUAGCUUUAUUUCGCCAGAUCAUCUUUGUGGGCCAAAAAGGAUGCUACAGGACAUCACUGGAGUUAUGCAAACUCUUGCUAAGUCUAGACCCAGAUGAAGAUCCCCUUGGUGUUCUCCUUAUGAUCGAUUUCUAUGCGUUACAGUCAGAGCAAUUUAGCUUCCUCAUACGAUUGUUUGAAGAGUGGGAGCCUCACAGAAACUUAUCCCAGUUACCAAACUUUGCUUUUUCUGUGGCUCUUGCAUAUUUCCAAUUCAAUAGAAAGCAUGGCGAGACCAAGAGAGCAGAUGAACUGCUCCAGGCGGCAUUGAUUAUGUUCCCAAUGGUUUUAUCUCCUCUCAUGGAAAAGUGUAAUGUUGCAUUGGACUCAAGCCUCAUUCAGCAUCCAUUUUUCUCCCCUGUCAAAGCAAACAGUGAGCCCCUCGCUUUAAAGCAGUUGGAGGCUCUAUAUGUUGGUAGGACUUACCAUGCGUGGAAAGAACCUGAGGUGAUCGACUGGCUCGUCUUAAAUACUAGAAAAGUCAUGGAAAGAGUAGAGGCUGGAGAUGCUUUGGUGGAAGAGUGCAAACAAAAACGACAAGUGCGUUAUAAAGGAACACCCCGAAAUAUUUACCGGCACUUAGUCAUGUCUGAUAUCAAAGAUGCUGCUGUGUCACUUCCCAUGGAUUUGGCGAAUGUUCCCCUAGUGUCGUAUGAUCCCCUGCCUCCUCGUGAUUCAGUGACAGGAUAUUCAAGACCACCGAGAAGGGUUGAAACUGCUGGAGAAGACUCUGGCCCUCUGUCCAUGUUUUUUCGCUCGCUUCUACCUUCGUUCAGUGCUCAGACCCGUAGUGGACCACGCGUGGAAGUGAGGCUUGAGCAGCCUGUAGAGGGAGCAGAAGGUGGACCCAGACCUCUACGGGACACAGAGCUUGUACGGGGCGUGGAAAACUUGAUGGUCGCUAUGAGAGAAUUACUAAACACCCUAAGCUACCGUGGACAGCCUGAGGAGGCUGGAGGCGAGGAAGGGGAAGAUGGUAGAGAAGAGAAUCAUGCCGAAGAUGACUGGGAGGAGGAAUGGGAUUAAAAUUUCAGAAUUAUUGCUUUUCCCUGAUCCUCUGAGUCGGUGAGAUCUUCUAAAUAGUAGUUUUAGUAUACUGGUGACGAAUACUGUCGGGCAAGUUGUCAAAAACCCAAGACUGCCUUUGACCAUGAGGAGAUUCUGCGAGAAACUUAAACGAAAAUUUUCUUCAUAAUAUGUCCAUAACCUCGCCAAUGGCUGCAACCGUAAUGAAGGAAUAAUCAGUCCACGAAAGAAGUUUUGAGACCAUUACGUUAAAGAAAGGAAACCAUCUUUUCUUGAUGAGAUGUGGGAAUAAUACAAGAUUCAUAUCUUAACGGCCAUCAUGAAAUAAAAACGAAUGACAAGAAGUGGUUUGUAAUCAAUACGAUCGAGGGGAAUAUAACUGAAUGAGACUCAGUUUUAUUGUAUAACGUAUUUUGUACAGAGGAGGCUAGUAAUGGGCCAAUCAAGCCUUGUGCCCAAUGUUCUGAGGCACCUUUAAAAAAACUACCGCGAUUUACGCAUACGGAGAUUAUGAACGCGCGUUAUAAUUCCGAAUAUUAUUUGCGGAGAAAGUGACCGUAUGUGCGAUAUACAAGUUUGCGUCCAAAAUUGUAACUGGCGCAUGUGGAAAAUGGCAAACGCGGAAUUCGAGACUUACUACUCCACCCGCGAACACUUUGUCGGUUGCAGGUAUCCAACAUCACAAAAAAUGGGAAAAGGUUGUCGAUUGAUUUAUUUAAUAAAAACGCGCUUUGGGUAGAGGAUUUAUAUUACAAUUAAUUGGAUUAGAUUAUCUAUGUACUGCUGAAAAUGCAAGAGUUUAUUUAGACCAAUUUCAAAUAUCUCCGGGUUGUAGAUACGCCCAACUGUCGUGAUGUGUUACCGAGAUCCUAGACGUGAUGGAAAGUUAUGCAAGUAUUUGAACUGUCGGAUACUACACGCGGAUUUGCUCUUCUGAACGUAAGAUAAAUCGGUACAAGUCAACUCUGCUAUAUGUCAAAUUUGUUAUAACAUUAUCGAACCAGUCGGUUUAACUUAUAUAGGUAUAAAUUCUAAAUGCUGCAAGAGUAUCCAUGGAUCGAUGUAUAGCACCAGACAUGACAACCUCUUUUUUCACCAGAUCGGUGUAUGUGAAAACUUACAGAGCGGAGAUUCUCUCUUUUUGGGGUUUCAAAUCGGAUGUGGUUUCUAUAUCUUAUUACUGUACCACAAUGUGCCAUGUGUUAUGCAAAAAUAAA